CAUUGUCUACCCAAGGCUAAUACUCAUUGUCCCUACCCACCUUCAAUGACUGUCCCGAGGACCAGAGGACCCAUACUAGACAGUACCCAGAGCAAGGCAGUAGCCUGUCCAUGAUGGGUGCUGGGUGGUAGACCUAUAGGCUACCAUGUGACUAAAUUCUUAGACCCAGACCCACUGGUGGUGUGGCUUGCCAUCCAUACCCUCCUGCCUCAGCUGCAAUGCCAACCCCGGCCAUGGGUAUGCUGCCCAUCUCCCGAAGGGUAACCCUGCAGACCUGCCCCAGGGACAGCCAGCAAGAAGGUCUCUACUCCCUCAAGGCCUCAGGGAGAUUGGCCCAUCAGGAGGCCAGCACCAAGGCCAGGGAAGAAGCAUUCCAUCCGCAUGCAGCCAAGGACGGUCUUCUGGCCACACUGAGGUGUCCUGUGCUUCCCCAGAAGCUGGGUACUCUUCGGUCAGCUCCCUAUGUGGCCUGGUCUGAUUAUAUCAAGGAGCCAGGCCCCCACAUGAAGGCCUGCAGCCUGCCAAUGUGGUCUCCAUGCUUGGACACCAAGGAUGUGAACAGCUCGGUGUCAUCUGGUCGGUUCUCGGGUUCCUCAGGAGGGCAUGAAUCAUGUGCACCUUUCCAUGGGCCCUGGAAAGAAAGGCCACCCCUGGUGUUGGGGCCCCAGCGUCAGCCCAGGAAGAGUAAUCCUCGUCUGGAGCAGUUGAGGGACAAGAUUCGAGCCCAGGCACAGUGGCAGGCUAGCUGUGCCUCCCUGGGUACCUCUGUGCCCUCUAGUGCCUCGUGCCUCUAUAAGACCUCCUCGACAAUGCUACGACGGAAGACUCCCAAGGUGACAAACGCUCUUCCAGUGACUACUUGCCCAGGGUCAGACCUUCUUCAUGCAGCUGAACAUAGAAGCAAAGACAGGGCACCUUUCAGCCUGGGACGGGAGCUCUCAAGGUUUCCCCAGCGCCAUACUUCAGUUCCAAGGACAAACAUCAAAAGGAUCAGAAGUGCUUCUUACAAAAGAGAGAUCCCGAAGUCAUCUGUCCUGCGCAGAACUGCCAGAGGCAGAGAUUCUGAGUUGGCUGGUGUGUACGCCUGGAGAAAAGGACAAGCCCUGGUGAGGCGGCUGCUUGGGCCCCCUCCUGCCCUCCCCCGGCUCCAGGGCAAGGUCCCUGCCACGGACUUAGGCUCUGACAAGAAAGCAGCAGCUGUUGGGGACUUACCCACCCACACCUGGUUGUCUAAGCCUACCUGUGCCCGCGGUGACCAGCAGGCUUGUGAGCACACACCCAGCUUAGCUUCCCAUGAUCAGUCAGCAACUAUCCAAGGUGCCAUGGAGAUCCUACAAGACCUGCGACAGCAAAUCCAGGCUGGUCUGGAACUUGCCAGACACUCCAGGGUGGCAAGGAAGCUCUCAUCAUCAAAGCCAAAGCCACAGAACCUGGCAGGGAAGAGGCAACAGGGACCUCAAAGCACCUGGGACAUGCAGGGCUCCUUCUCAAAGAGUGCUUGCACUGCAACAGAGAGGAAGUGCUCUUCCUUGGACAGGGCUGGAAACUUGACGAGUCGGCAACACUGGGGGAAAGCCAUGGCUGAGCCGGAGUCCUGUCCACAGAGGGCCUGGACAGCACAGGGGCAAGACACCUCCUUCCAGAAGCCUGGAAGCACCCCAGAAAAGCCAAGUUCCUUCUCACAGCGGCCCUGGAGUGCCCUGGCUUGGAAGGCCUGUCCACAGAGGGCUUGGGAAGCUCAGGGACAGGACACUGCCUUCCAGACGUCUGGGAGCUCCCCUAAAAAGCCAAGCCCCUUCUCACAGCGACCCUGGAGUGCUCUGGAUGGUCAGACUUGUCCACAGGGGACUUCCACAGCUUGUAAAGACUGGGAGGUUCCUGGGUCCAGUCCAUGGGGCUCUGUGGCUAAGCCACAGCCUGCUCUCCAUCAGCCCUGGAGUAGUUUUUGUACACAGAGAUCUAGUCCCUACAGCAAGGGCCAAAGUGCUGUCCCACCUCCCUCAAAAGCCAAGCUAGCUUGGCCAGAGCCUUCCCAGGGCCUCCCUCCUAGCAAACCAGCCAAGGAGCAGGACACACAGGAGCCCCCACCCUGUGCAAGGACACAGCAAUCUCUGGGCCGGCCACACAGCUCUGAGUCCUUGCGUGACUUCAUCCGUCGGAAGGCCCAGGCCCGGCGGCAGCAGGCCAUGGAGCAGAAGGCCUUGGCCACACAUACUCUGGAGCUGAGGAACCGGAGGCUGCAGGAGGUGUACCGGAAGCAGCGAGAGGCCAUCCUUGGCAAGGCCGCCCCUGUGGUCUCCCGGAGAAGCCCCGGCAUCGUCACCUUUGUUCCCAGUUCCGUACAGUCUGGGGGCCUGGAAGCCCCUGGGAGCCUGGGGUCACCACUGCAGAAGUGGAGCAAGGUGACAUCUGGCAUGGUGCGUGGGGAUCAAGAGGCGCCAGACAGCUUCUGUCUGUGUUUGAACAAACCAUGGAACCGUGCUGAGACCCAGGACGCUGGACGCCCCCGGGACGGCAUGAGUGCUGCCCCUCUGCUACCAUCUACCGCUUCCUCUCCUGGCCCCAUGAAGCUCCAGGACAUGUCCGGGGGGCUGUGCAUCUACAUGGACCCCCAGGAUACUGAGCAUCUGGGCCCAUCGGGCCUCCUGCACUUCCAGUACAAGCAAGCCAGGCUGCAGGCACUGGAGACCAUGGCCGAUGUCCUCAAGCAGCGUAUUGACAUCCUUACCACCAAGCUGCACAAGUCGACGUCGCCGGAACCAGCUAGUGACCUGGCCUCGGACAUGCUGCCCUUGGGCCCCAGCACAGAGCCUGUCACCCCCGCUUUCACUCCUCCCUCUUACCUCAGAAGUUUAGUGUCUGAUGGAGGCAGAGGAACUUCCCAGGACAGGGUGGGCGUGCAGACCAAACCCCUUCUCCCCAGCACCUACUUCCAGGACGGUGAGAUGCUAUCGUGGAGACCCAACCGGGAGCCGCAGAGUGUGAACCUGGGGACCCACAUUGAGAGCCAGCCCCAAGGUCCCGUCUCCAGCGCCCCUGUCUCAAUGUCUCACACGCAACCUUGCCCUGCUGGCUCAUCAAGUCAUGGCGCCCGGGAGCUGGAGAAGAAGCUGCAGAGAGAGAUGGCUACCCUCCAGGCCCUCGGUGCCUCCAUGAGGAGCUCACUUGGGGUGCCAGCAGCACCAGCCCCCGCCUGUGACUCCCUUUGCCAGGAGAAGAUGCCAGAAGCCAAAAAGGCAGGCUUGGUAACGCCCUGGACCACCCAUAGCUGCGGUCAGCAGGAGCCCAAGGGGCCACAUUCUGGAGGCCUGCAUGAAGGGCACCUGACCAAUUUCCAGCUGAAAUCCUUGAGCUUUCUCGAAUCACUGAAGCUGGACCAGCAGAAGCAGGAGCAGGCGCUCGCCCUUCUGCGGCAGCAGGCAGAGCAUGAGGUAUGGGAGAUGCAGAUGACACUGGAUGCACUUCUCUUCAAACACCAGCUGAAGACUGUUUCCUCACAGCAGAAGAUGGAGAAACCCGAAGCCCAGCAAAAGCCAGAAAAGGCUUCGAGGCUGGAACAGCAGCAGAUGUGUGGUGGCCUAGAGCCAAACACACUCUCUCUUAACACAAUGACAACCAGAUCCAGAUCACCACCCUCCCCGCAGAGAGACAGCACGGGGUCCUUGGAGCCUCCUGAGGAAGCAAGGGCAUCUUCUGCAGGACCCAGUCAAGGCCUGCUUUCUCUCUCGGAGCCAGAGCAGCAGGACCCAGCUCACUCCCAGGUGGCUCUCGCCAAGUUCUACCCUUCAGACAGACCUGCCUACAAGUGGAGCAUAACAAGACCAGAGCCAGGAACAGAAAGGUCCAGAACCUUCCACCGCUUCACUAUGGCGAUGCUGGAGCAGAGUCUGAGGGACGAAGAGCUGCGUGCACAGCACCAGACUGCUGUGCUCCGACUGCGCGAGUUGGCGCUGGAGGAAAAAGCCCGUGCGGAGUUGACCUGCCUGGAGCAUCAGAUUGGGUGUCUUGUGGGGCGUGGAGCAGCACAGGCUACUCUGCGGGAAAAGCAACAACAAGCCCUCAGCAGACUUGAGAAGGAACGGAGGGAAAUCCAGUCCCUGAGGAAGGUGUCCUUGUCGCUGCACCAUGGCAGGAAGCAGCUCCUGCAGCAUCAGCAGUGUGUCCUCGAUGUGCAGAGGUCUGUGGCCCACUUGCAGCAGGAGCUCCAGGCUCGAACCCGGCUGCUGCAGAGUUCCAGCCCCAGCAUCAAGGUCACUCGGGGCGGGGUCUCAGACACAAAUCAGAAAAUAGAGGGACACAGACCUGGAAGCCCCCAAGGCUACCAUCCCCAGGAAAUCUCUGAGAGCGCCGAAGCUGCAAACCUCUCCCCUGAGCAAAAGGAAGUGACCCCUCCCCAGACGACUUCAGUUGCAGAUGAGCACCUGCAGCCUCCGAGGGUGAAGUGGGCAAUUGUCACACCUGGGACUGGACACCUACCUGUGAGGAGUGGACCUGACAGCCAAGAGCCUGGGAAACAGCCUUGUGUCUCUUCCCCCGGUCUGCUGCAUUCAAGUUCCCUGGACCCUGAACACCAGAAACAUCCAGCCUUCCCUGUCAUCAAGAAAGAUGAUAGCCCAGGCUCUCAGUUGAAGCCACUGGAGGCUAAGGAACUGCCUCCUCCAGGCCACCUACAGAACAAGCCCAGUGCAGCCUGGGCAAUGGAGAGGCAGCCUACAGACCUUCAUGCUUGGAGCUUGCAUGGACAGUGUGGGCAGUCCCUAAGCGGAGAUGGUCCUUGUCCCGAGGAAGCCAGAGUAGCUGAGAACAGAACAAGUCAAGGGCUGGCUGUUUCCAGAAGCCCCAGGGAGGAACCCCAGGAAGAGGCACACUGGAGGUCAGAGCAGCAGAGGAGAGAAGCUUGUCCACAGGAGAACCUAGACAUCCCCUCCACCCACCCGGAAGCUGACCAGGAGGCUGCUUCCCCAGCAGCUCCUGUGGCCAGUGAGGAAGAAGCGUGGCCUGCCUGGCACCUAAACAGUCCUCUGUCCCAGCCUGCCGUGGACGCGUGUUCUGAGUUUGCUUCUAGUGGCUGUUCUGGGUCCUCGGAAGCCCCUGCCUUCUCCCUCACCCCCUCGGCGGGCUCAUCAAAUGGCCUUUCCUGUCCGUCUCUCCAGGAGUUUCAGAGAGCCACAGCCACCCUCGUCCAGCUUUCUAGCAGUUCCGCAUCCCUGUCUAACGGGGAAGCUGAAGCCUCCCUGCAUGCAGACCCCGGUUGGUCUAGGGAGCUUUCUGCUCAUGACUCCUGGGAGGAGCCUGGCCUGCCUUCAUUCUGGGGCCUCCACCAGGGACUCCCUCAGCUGGAGGGUGUUUCUGGGGAUGUAGGUCAAGUGACCCUGCAGAGACUGGGAGACGGUGGGGCCAGACUCCUGAGUGGCUUCUCCGAGGACGCAGCUGUGGCACCAGGCUCAGAGCCAGGGUACGACUUCCUUCAGGCAGGCUGGCCGUCGUCAUUCCCACGUGUCCCAUCUCCAAGACUGGGGUCAGAGUUGUCAGAGUCCUCCAGCCAAAUUUGGGAUGAGAACAAUGAGGAGACUCUUGAAGAACCUAGUCCUGGUGUUGGGCCACCCUCGGGGAGCUCCUUGCCUGCAAAUGGUUCAUUGGACACGGGAGGCAGUGGAGGCCCCUGUACCACUCUUCCCUCCCUGGGGCCUGGGGAAGAACAAGACCCUUCCAGAUCCAGCAGGAGCCUGACGGGUACAUUGAACACAGGGAAAACCGGGCAGAUGUCCCCUGUGACCACCUCUGCAAUGCUCCCACCCCAGAACCCUUCUACCAGUGACCCAACUCUGCCACUGUCCUUUCCUGUGGACACUCCCACCACUGAAAGGGCAGGUCUAAGUAAAGGAAACAUGCCUCCUGAGGCCUCAGCUGGCUGCCAGGAGGAACCCCGGGAUGUUGAUACUAGUCCAUCCAUAGAAAGGAAGCCCUUACAGGCCUUGCCUGAUCCUAGGGCCCCUAUGACCCUGAAUGUUCCUUCUGAGGACACAACUCCCCUUGUCACAGAGGUAGCCAGUCCCUCGUACGUAGAUGGCUUCCUGACUGAAAUACUGUCCCCCGUGGAUGAGGAGCUAUCUUACGGCAGUAGGGACCUUCCGUCCUCUAUCUGCGGGGACACUCAACUCCCUCUACCACCACCUACUCCGCAAGCAAAGAGUGACAUCAACGAGCCCAGCCCCAGCUCAGAAGACUUCCCUUCCCCACCUGAGGAGGUCAUGUUUCCAGGUGACUCACUGGACACUCUAGGAGAGGAUCUGUCCAUUACCGCUGAGGACAUGUCCUCCCUAUCUGAGGGGGCUCUGGAGGAAGCCCUUUCCCUGGGGCCCCAGGAGUCAGGGCACUGUGUAGGAGCAUCUGGGCAAGAUGAAAGCCUGAAUGACUCAAGUUCAACAUCUCCCUUGAGUAAUUGUGCUCCUGAGACAUCCCCAAGACUGUCCACCCAACCCCUGAGUCCACCCCCAGUGGCUUGUGUGACCAGAGAGAAUCUUGAGGACGCCCCAGGCAGUCAAAGUGGACCCUGGGAAGCAAGGCAGUGUUUGGAGGAUGCAGAGCACCGGCAAGGAAUAGAACACCUCAUAGACAGAAGGGCAGCCACAUCGUCACCCUCCUGGGGUACACCCUCUGAAAGCCCACCCCCAGACCCAGUGCCCUUGGUGGCUGGAUCCCUCAAGCACGCUAGUGAGAAGGAGAGGGAAGGCCAGAGCUGCUGGACACAGGGCCGGCACAAGCUCCAGGGUUUGUUGGACAGGCAGCAGCUCUGUAGGAGAAACUGGGCUUUUGACCCUACCUCUGGUGCCUGUGCUGAUUUUUCAGGGACAAGAGAUGCUGGGCCAGUGGAUAUGGUGUCUACCCAGCUUAGCAGGAGGAUCCUGUGUGACUCUCUGGCUGCACUUUCAGGGCUGGCCCCUGAAGACAGCCCCUAGGAGUGUGCUCCGAAAUGAUAGGAACUCACAGAUACCUGACGUGUGUGUGUGUGUGUGUGUGUGUGUGUGUGUGUGUGUGUGUGUGUGUGUGCACAUGCCAUGGUCCCUGUGCAGAGGUUACAGGACAACUUUGGGGAAUUGGUUCCUUCUGCAGUGGGUUCUAGGGAUCAAACUCAGCUCAUGAGGUUUGUAUGGCAAGAGCCUUUACAGGCUGAGCCGUCUGUGUCCAAUUUGUUGUUUUUUGAACAUAGGUUCUGGGAACUGAUUGUAAGUCCUCAUACUUGCAAGUGCUUAAUCAACUGAGCUAUCUCUUCAGUCCUGUCUGGAUCUUGCUAUGUCUCUGUUUCCAACAGAUUGCUUGUGACUGAGGGACAUUUGUUCAUCCCGUGGAGAUGAGGAGCCGGGGAUGGGCUCCUGUAGUCAGUCCCCCAGGAGAACAGAACAAUUUGGGGGGGGUGUAAGGGUGAGGACAGGCCACUAAAGCAGUGACUUGGGUCAGGCGUCACCUUCACCUCCCUCAAUGGACUCUGGUGUGUUCCUGAUGGAGAAAGGUUGCCUGCUAUUCACUCCUAGUAACCCUUAGUAACCCCAGCCCCUAGCAACCUCAGACAACAGUGAAAACUUCUCUGCUUUCUUAGCUCCUCAGAGGAUUUUCUGGGACCCUGAGUGACCAGGAACGGGCUGUCUUUAGGGAUUCUAAGAUCUUGUGCUGGAAGCCACACAGAGUCCUCUGUCUGGAUGCCCCGUGCAGGUGGCAGUGUCCUGAUGCAUCUUAUUUGUGCAGCUUUCUGUCUCCUUGUCUUCGGUGCCCCAGGGAAGGGUCACUGUGUGUACAUGCUUGUGUGUGACUGGGUUUUGCUCUAUAACCCAGGUUAGCUUUGAACUCACGUAAAUAUCUCUGCCUCAGCCUCCCAAGUACUAGGAUUAUAGACAUGAGCUGUCACACACCCCAAAAGUUUGUGGCUUUUAUACAAACCCCGAAAUCUUCCAGAAGAAGCAGUUUUGAAUCUGUUUUUUGAAUCGGGCUUGAGCAGGAUCUCAUGGGAUGGGGCUCACAUACAUGGUUGGAACUCCUAGAAUUUGCUUUCUGUGUCUUAAAUCGGUAUGUGUGCACAAAUAUGCAGUGUAUGCAUAUUUGUAUAUACAUGGGUAUGCAUAUCUAAUCCAUCACCAAUCCUUUACUAACUUUGUUUUAAUUUCCUGUUUAUUGAUGUAUAUUCACUAUCUUGCUGGAUCUCAUAAAGACAAUGUCUGCCAAGUGCA